CAAAUCCAAAAGGGCGCCCGCCGAUGAUGUGCCGUCGAAGCGGCCCAGCGCAGCAGCCAGCGAGGAUGGCGACAUGGAUGUGGACGAGCAGUUGACAAUCAUCGCCGAAACGCCAAAGAAACGCGCCCGCGUCAUUUCCGAUGACGACAUGGACGACGAUUACGUCGACGGGCAGCAGGCGUUAGCAGGUGCCAAGUCACGGCCGCCGGUGGCCAGAAAGAGCCUCAACACGCAGCAGGCAACCCUGGUAAAAUCGGUCUCCGACACGUCUGACUUGGCAGAGCGGAUGCGGGAGCGGAUCCGCGAGAACGGACUGUCACAAGGAUCGGGCGGUAUGGCAACGGGCACCGUUGAAGGCACAUCGAUCCAGCUGGUUGAGCGCAAGAAGGGAGUAAAGUACACGCCGUUGGAGAUGCAGGUGCUGGAUAUGAAAACGAAACACCCAGACAUUCUGCUGGCAGUCGAGGUUGGGUACAAGUACCGGUUCUUUGGCGAAGACGCACGGAUUGCGUCGCGGGUGCUGGGUAUUAUGUGCACCACCGCCAACAACUUUUACAACGCCAGCAUUCCGACUCCCCGGCUCAUGGUGCAUGUGCGGCGGUUAGUCGAGACGGCAGCGCUCAAGGCCAUUGGCGACAACAAGAGCGCGCCAUUCACGCGUGAACUAGCUGAGGUCUUCACUGCUGGUACCAUGGUCGAGGAGGUCGAGGACUACGCUAGUGGCAAUGGCAGGAUACAUGACAAGUAUCUGUUUUGUGCUGUUGAAUCGCCAGAGAGAUGUGCCAACAAUGGUGCACGGAUCGGAGUCUUGGCAGUGCAGAUUACGACUGGCGAUGUCAUAUACGAUGAAUUCGAGGACGGGUACUUGCGAAGCGAGCUUGACACACGACUAGCACAUCUACAGCCCAGCGAGCUGGUAGUGCCCGAAGGACUCAGCAGCGAAACACUAAAGGUGCUAUCUGCGUACUGUGACCAGCCGAUUGCAUCUAGCGCAGGCAGGGUGGAGCCCACGUUGGAGCAGGCUCAGCGGACCGGUGCUCGUGUAGCAUUUAGCGAUCCUACGCUCCAUGACCCGCCAGCAGCAGUGCAGUUUGUCGCAGACUUUUACGCAGAGAACCACUCCGGCGAAAUGCUUGGCCGUGUGCUCGAUCUCCCAGAAACCAUUGUUAUGUGUGUGGCACAGCUGGUCAAGUACCUGGAGCCAUUUGGUCUGACCCAGGUGUUUCUUAACAGCACCAAGCAAGCAUUCAUGCCGUUCCGCACCCCAACUGCUAUGCAUACAUUGGCUGUAUUCACAUCCGGUGAUACGCGGAAGACCGACUCGGCCAUGGAGCUCAAGUCGCUUCUUUCGCCUGAUUCGAGGCUCGGCAGUGUGCACAGUGCUUAUGUGCAUGGCGGAGAUGGCUCCCUGUUCAGUGUCAUGGACUUUACAUCAUCGCCAUUUGUUGAUCUGAACGAGCGCAUUAUUGCGGUUGAGUUCCUCAAGGGCGCAACGGCUGAUGACCCGGUCAAGGCGACCGUCUUGCGAGUUAAAGGCGCAUUGCACCGUAUGGUUGAUCUGGAGCGCGGACUAUGCCGGAUUCGCUACUGCGCAUUCCUGCGCUCCUUAGACCUCGCUGCCAGUCUGCUGUCUCCCGGCACUGAAAUAACAGGAACCACAGGAAUCCUGUUCCAAUCCGGAGCUCUCCAUGGCCGCGUGCAGGAAUUCCACACUAAAAUCGCCCAGGUGGAGAGCGAGUUAGAGGCACAUGCAGACUCGGUUGCCCAGGGGCUGGGUGUCAAGACAUUCAUGUUCAAGAGCAUCUCUGGCAUAGACUAUCUGGUCGACGUCACCAACGUCAAGGCGCGGACAGUCCCGGAUGACUGGGUCAAGAUCUCAAGCACCAAAACCAACUCGCGUUUCCACACGCCCUUCAUUGUCAGGAAGCUGGCUGAGCGCGAGCGGUACCGCGAGCUUCUGGCCAGUGCCGCAAACAGCGCGUACAGCGACUUCCUUGGCGAGAUCACAUCCAACUACGAGCAGCUGCGUAGACUGGUACAUACCUUGGCCACCUUUGACGCAUUGCUGUCGCUUGCCACAUUGGCUUCGCGGGAUGGGUAUACAAAGCCCGAGAUCGUAGAUUCCAAUGAAGCCCAGAUUAGCCUGACAGGCGCCCGACACCCAGUGCUCAGCAGCGACUCCACAAAGCCGUACGUGCCAAACGAUAUUGCGCUGGGAGGUCCUGCGCGCGCAGUGAUUCUGACCGGGCCCAACAUGGGCGGCAAGAGCUCGCUGAUCCGCACCGUCGCGUUGGUCUGCGUCAUGGCGCAAUGCGGGUCGUACGUGCCUGCAGAGGCUGCUAAGCUCAGCAUCAUCGACGCCAUAUUCACGCGCAUGGGCGCGUCAGACGACCUGAUGGCUGGGGAGAGCACCUUCAUGGUGGAGAUGCGCGAGACCGCCGAGCUGAUGCGCCAGGCGACACCCAACUCUUUGGUGAUUUUGGAUGAGCUCGGUCGCGGUACCAGCACACAUGAUGGCGCGGCCAUUGCGGUUGCUGUGCUCGAUUACUUGGCUCGGCGGCGGCCACUGACCCUGUUUGUCACGCACUACGCUCACUUGGUCGACGAGUUUGCUGGUAGCGAGCAGAUCCGGUCAUUUCACAUGUCGUUCUUGGAGCGGACGGCUGACGACGGCAUCAGCCAGCUCACGUUCCUAUACAAGCUGGUUGAAGGCGGAUCCCACGACAGCUACGGGCUCAACGUCGCGCGCAUGGCUGGGCUGCCAUCAUCUCUGCUUCAAUGCGCCAAGGACAAGGCCGAGUGGAUGAAGCUUGACAUUGACAGCAAGCUGGCAGUGCAGACAGCACGCAGGCUGACUGAUGUUGUAGCGAAAGCCAGACAAAAUGUGUAAUGAUUUGAAUAUAUUGCACGCUAUCA